AGCCUUCCGCAUUAUCAGUCAAGCUGCAGCCGCCAGCGCGGAUGUACGACUAUGCGCCAGUUGCUUUUAGGGGGCCGUGGUGGCUUACUAGGUAGCGAUGUCUUCCUGCUUCUCGGGCCAUACGACUGGCAAGCGCUCAGAGCCACGCACAAGCACCUGGGCAGGUGGCUCAGCGCCGACGAGUUCCGGGGGCUGUUCCGGAGGCGCCUGCAGGAUCGCGUCGCGUCCUGUGGUGGCCUGGGUCGGCAUCGCCCGGCGGAGGAAGAGCAAGCCCUGGCUUCCCUGGAGCCGCUUCUUGCCAUCGCCGCGGCGGUGGACACCGCAGUGGACGUCCUUGAGGACGCGGCAGCGCACCCAAGGCUGGCCGACGUGGGGGCCGGCCCAGUGUGCGAGGCGCUCCGGCGGCUGCACAGCCUGGCGCUGCGUGAUCGCCUGCCGAUGCCGCGCGAGCGCUCUGGCCGGCGAUCGCCGCUGCUGAGGCGGAUUCUCCGCAGUUUCGCGUCGCUGCGGGGGCUCAUGCCUGGCCUGGUGGCGCUCCUGACCGCGUUCCCAGCGUCGGCCAUGUCGGCCGCCCUCUUUGUUGCCACCUGCGAGGUGUUGGUGAGCCUGAUCCACAACACCAAGGAGUCGAAGCGGGCCUUCGUGGCCACGGGAGGUAUGCGGGGGCUGCUGUUCCACAUGCAGGCCCAGCCCGACGACGCGGCCAUGCAGGCCGCUGGCCUGGCGGCUCUGCUCGCGCUGUCGGCGCGGUCGGUCCUCUGCAUCAGGCUGAUGGCCGGCGCGGGCGUGCACGAGGCGGUCGCGUCGGCCCUGCAGCGGUUCCCGAGCGACGCCAAGGUGGUGGCCCGCGCGACCGGCCUGCUGGCCAACAUGUCCAACGUGGCCAACGUGUGCCCCGCUCUGCAGCGCUGCGGCGUGCUGGCCCUCGCGCGCCAGCUGCUCGGGCGCGAGGACCCGCGCGCCUCGCCGUUCGUGCAGGACUUUGUGAGGUACCUGCUGGCCAACCUCGCGCAGCACGACCUCGCGCCCGUGGGCGAUGCCGGAUGAUCCCGGCCCUCGCCCCCCCCCUCCCAACCAUCGGGGAGACUCGGGGCGUGCUCUGAAGGCUCAGCAGCCUGAAUUUACCGCGCGCGGCGUGCGCGCGCCGGCUCGUC